GAGGAAAAGCGCGCGGGGGACGGGCGCCCACGCACUGCCCGCCGCACCUUGCCGCCCGCCUCGCACCAGUCAGCAGCUGUGGCUCGUGUUGGCUGAACCAUCUGUAGGGCCAUCCUCUUUUUCUUACCGUAGGACACCUAAUCCAACACAUACACAAUGGCGGAUGAUGAUAAAAAGCGUCUCGAGGAGGCGAAGAAGGCCAAACAGGCCGAGAUCGACCGCAAGCGCGCGGAGGUGCGCAAGCGCAUGGAGGAAGCUUCUAAGGCCAAGAAGGCUAAGAAGGGUUUCAUGACCCCCGAGAGGAAGAAGAAGCUCAGGUUGCUGCUGCGUAAAAAAGCCGCAGAGGAACUGAAGAAGGAACAGGAGCGCAAAGCGGCCGAGAGGAGGCGCAUCAUUGAGGAGAGGUGUGGUAAACCCAAGAACAUUGAAGAUGCAAACGAAGCGGAACUGCAGACGAUAUGUCAAAUGUACUGGCACAGAAUAUACAACCUUGAGGGGGAUAAAUAUGAACUAGAACGAGCCAUUGAAAUUAGGAAAAUGGAGAUCUCCGACCUGAACUCCCAAGUCAAUGACCUCAGAGGAAAAUUCGUCAAACCUACACUCAAGAAGGUGUCCAAAUACGAGAACAAAUUCGCCAAGCUUCAGAAGAAGGCCGCCGAAUUCAACUUCCGUAACCAGUUGAAGGUUGUCAAAAAGAAGGAGUUCACCCUUGAAGAAGAAGACAAAGAGGCUAAGAAUGCGGAGAAGGCUGAUUGGGCUAUCGGCAAGAAGUAAACACUGUAACAACACGUCACAAACUUAACCCAUCUAUAUAACACCUGAAAUCAAAUUUGAUGGAUUAUAUUUAUUACCUAUUUAUCAUAAGAAUAAAAUUUUAUUAUUAUUAAAAAAGACAAGCAUUUUCAAAUAUCCUUAUGAUACCUGACAUAAAUAAGGUGAGAAAAGUUUGGGUAAAUUCGAUGUCCCUAGUCCCUACUAGCUAAUACAUAAGCUUGCGCUUUGAGUCAACGUUCUUAAAUAUUUUCUCGAGUAUCACGCGAGACCCCGCUUCGCAAUUCCUUAAGUUCCAUUUUUAUCUAAAUCAAAACCGUAUACGGUGCUAAUACAUAUUUCUUUAGCUUUUGUUACUAAUUUUAUCUCAAACAUGCAAUGAAAUAUUGAUAUUUUGCAUGUUCUUCAUAUUAGGCUAGGAAGUAUCACGUCUCGGGCGCGGCUAGACGAGAGAUCUUUAAUAAAAUUUUAUACAAAGUUGCAGGCCUAGGCCGGAAAGUAGCUCUUUUUUAAUUUCCAUUUCACAUAUAUUCGUGACACAGCAUCAUGUCAUUCAGCCAUUAAAAAAAACUGUAAGCAAUACUUGCUUUUUGGUUCGUUAUAACAUUCUGCCACUACGCCUAUUCGAAAAAACAAUAAACUAUGUUUGCUAUAUUUAGCAAUGUUAUUAAUAUAAAAUUUUCAUGAGCAUAAUAAAUAACACAUUAUUAAAAAAUUCCAAUGAAUGUGAAUUGCAAAUUGAACUACACAAAUACACAUUUAAAAUAUUUCAUUUAAAAAUUUAUUAGCGGUAAAAAUGUCUACUCAAACCCGCGUAGGUAUUUUUUUCUCGUUUUGGAGACAAAGUUGAACAUUUUUGCAUUCUGUAAUUGUAUUUUAUUAUUGGACUUAUUGAGCAUUGUUGAUUGUGUUAUUUAAUAUGAGUUACGACGAAAAUAUGAAAUGAGUUUUGUUAAGUCUUUCAAAAUUUACAAGCAAGACUGGAAGAGUGCCGCAACCACUACGGACGACAUCUUGAUGAUUUUAUUUUUAAAACGUAAAAUUUAUUUCUUUAACCCCAAAUUCUAAUUAUAAUUUUUAUUAAAAAAAUAUAAAAAUUGAUUAUUUAUUAAUUAUUUUUUAAAUGCAUUUAUUACUGGCCCACCCUGUAUAAGGCGAAUAAUUUGGAUGUUUAAGGCAAUUUUAUAAAUUGGAUAAGCUAAGAAAAAUGCUCACAGUUUAUCGGAAAGUUUUUGUAUCAUAUUUUAAAGAACUGAAUGUUACUAUAAAAUCGACAACACUGUGGGAAUUAAACUCCAUGCUUAAGGCAUCGAUGUAUGUGAAGCAUAAUAUCAACAUUCAAAUAGGUAUACAUAAAUAUAUACGUGUAAUAAAUUAAAAAAAAAUAGUGUGAUAAAGAUAGGUACAUAUAGGUGCUAGUUAUAUUUUGUGUCUAGUUUACUUUUAGUUUCUCUAGAAAGAAAACUUUGAUUUCGUGAUGGAGGUUUAUUUAUUUAUUUCAUUGCAUUUAUUGAGAAAAGCACUAUACGUACAUCGGCGUGAAAAGGGGUUGUCGGCCUCAUAACUAUCCUCUAUAAUGCAUUCGCCCGGCAACCCCUUACUUCCCAGCCCCUGUAGUAAUGUACUAUUGUAGGAAUGUAAUUUACCAGAAUCGGUAGGUAAUACUGCAAUUGUCUCAAGUUAAAAAAUAUAUCUUCAAAAUUUGUUUUGUUUUUUUAAACCCGAACAAACUUCAGACGGUUACAGACAACACUGACUUAAAUGACCGCACCAAACACUUAAGGUAGCUAACUGCACAGAUCCAAAAGACACGUAUUUUACUUAUACAAUUUUAUACAGUCCUUGAUUAGAUUACGUUUAGCGGUGAGUUAAUAUUACCAUAUUUCACAGGGCGGAGUUGGAGGAAA